AAUUUUCCCUCAGAUUUCAGUACCGACAGUAAAUAUCGGAACGCGGCCUGUGUGAAAAUUAUAACCUCCUAAAGUUGUUUUUAACACGUGCCAAGUGUUUAUAAUUAUAUUUAACUUUGUUCAAAAAACAGUAUCUAUAAAAAUGACUAGGUAUACAAGAGCAAAGGGAGCUAAAGCAUCAAACGAAAAAUUGCCAAAUGAAGCUACACCGUGGCAUUUAAUGAAACAACAAUUAGAAGAGAGCAAGAAAAAGGAACCUCCGGAAAGCAAAAAGUCAGCAAAGAAAUUGCUAGCUGAUCAGAAAUAUAGCGAUACAGUUGGAAAGCGUGAUCAUGAUUGGGCCGACUUCGAUGACAAUAAGGGUGAGAAUUUAAAGUCAAAGCGUCAUAUGAAGCUCGCAGGAAACUCGAGAAACGACGACACCGAUUGUAAUGUUAAAGCUAAGAAUAAUAACACAGAAAAAUUGGAUACAACGAAAGAUGGAAAGACUGAAAAGACUAAGGAGAAAAGUAAAUUUUCCAACAAGAAGAAACAACACGAUGUUAAUGACACACAUUCAGAAUCUAACAAUGAAGAGUCGAGCAUUUCGCAGAGUAACGGAAGUUCAAAUAUUGCCGUAUUGAGUAAACGACAGAAACGAAAUCUGAAAAGAAAAUUAGAUAAAUCGAACAAUGACGAAUCCAAAAGGUUUAAGAAAGAUGAGUCAAAUGAAGAUUCUCAAGGUAAAGUAAUGAAAACAAGAAUCAAGAAGAACGGAGAAUAUAAAAGAAGAAAGCCAGACACCAAUGUCCAAACAAUUAUAAUUAACGGUGUGGAAAUUGAAAUUAUCAAGUACGACGGAUUUCCCGUCAAAAAGGAAGAUGCAGAAAGGUUGGCGAAACUCAAACAAGAGAUGUUAAUGAAAGGUGUACCACAGUCUAAGGUGGAUAUAGCAUUGAAACUGAAAAGACGCAAGGCUGAGAGAGCGUUGGCGCGUGCUAAGAAACUUCUUUGCUUCAAUUGUCGCAAGUCCGGCCACGUUUUAUCGGAUUGUCCCGAGCUUGGCGGGAAGGAAGAGGCUGGGACAGGCAUUUGUUUUAAAUGCGGUUCGACGGAACACACUCACUUCGAAUGUAAAGUGAACAAGGACUCCGCCUAUAGGUACGCGAAGUGUUUCAUCUGCCGCGAGCAGGGCCACAUUUCCUCGCAGUGUCCCGACAAUCCGAAAGGGAUCUAUCCCAAUGGCGGUUGUUGCAAGAGUUGCGGCGCCGUGACACACCUGAAGAAAGACUGUCCCGACUUGAUGAAGAUCAAAGAGGACAACGUUGUUACGGUGGAGAAGAUAGAUCAUUCGGCUGUGGAGUCCUUGUGAAAAGAUGCAAGAGGGCUGAGGCGAGGAAGAGACGAAAAAUAUAAUUGAAGUAAAAUUGUCAAGUUUUAGAGUAUAACGUGUAAUAUACAUAUGUCGCUGUAAAUUCAUUGCGUGUGUGUGAUGUCAUUACCAUUCUUAAAAAAAUACAUUUGAAGCAAUUUAAAAGAAUCAACAAAUUUACGGACACAUACGAGGGGCGAUCGACACGAAUGCCAUCGCAUAAAUGCUAAGAAGACAUAUAUUAAAAAGUAAUACUUCUAAUAGUUUCUUAUUAAAUACACAAACUCGUUGAAUUUCAUUAAAAUUCUUUAUUAACCUUUAAUUGGAGUUGAUGCUCCAUCGUACUGUCGUGAAGACAUCCUUUAUGUGACGUUAAUACAGAGUUUGCAAUGGCUAGUCAUGUUACCGAUGCACUGUUCGUAAGUUUUGUAUUGUACUUGAUAAAAUAAUAUUCGCGGGUAGUCGUUCAACGUUUCGAUAUUACAAAGUUCUGAUUUUAAGAAUUAUCGCAAUCCCCCCAUUUGGGACUGAAGAGACUGUUUUCUUUUUUUUUAUUUUUUGGACAAGCACAAAAAUUAUCGUUAUCGUCCGAUUUAUUGUAUGGCUAUUUGAGGAACUUUCGAGAAUUUUAGCGUAGUCUGAAAGUAACGAUAAAAGUAAUGGUUAUAUUCGUCACUGUUACCCAAAAAAUGUAACUUCGUUACUGUUACAGUCACUACCGAGAAAAAAAAGUAAUUACAAACUCGUUACUGGGAAAAAAUAACAUGUAACGGUAACACGUUACUUCCUAACCCUGGAUUGUUCUUUUACAUCUGCAAGAAUAAUCCAGUCUCGACACAGAAAAACUUCCAACAAUUGUGAAAUAAACGUUCUGAACACGGCUGCUCAUGAAAAUAAAUAGGAAGGUCUGGAUCAAGAAUUGAACAGUUUAUCAUUUGCAUAUGGUUUUUAUAGAUAGAACAAACCAUAUCUGUGCCAAAAUGAAUUUGCGGACCUGCCUUUUAGAACUUUUCAUGCUUACAAGUAUUUUGCGCGCCCGCAAAAGCUUUGAUUCAUUUUUCAAAUAUAAUCUUUCAAUUAUCGGAGGAAAUAUGUUGUUAUUUAGUCUUAUUUUCCAUUGGAUGUAUUUCUGAUCAUUGUCACUUCACAGGCAAUAGAUAAUUUGACGUUCCUUAUUUUUAAGGCAAUUUCGACGCACACGUAAGAAUUAUUUAUAUACAUUUGUAAAACUUAAUGGUCGUAUAAAUAGAUUGUAAAUACAUGUAUUUGUUAAUAUAAUAUUACAAUAUACAAUAUGUAUCGUACUUUAUUAUAAACAAGACUUGAGAUUUUCCCAAAUAAUCUCUUGGAUAAUCAGUACUCUUUAAAGAUUCCUCCUAUCAACAUCCUAUCUUCUUACAUUGCGAGAAACAUUUAAAAUGAUAAAAAAUAAGAAUACGUAUUAAUAAUUUACUUUCAUUUGUUUAUUUCCCGAAAUGCGAUUAUACAUUAAAGCUCUCCGAGUAAUAUCUAUCUGUUAAAAAUCUAUCGUUAUCAUCGUAUUAAAUUGAUUUAUUUAAUCUAACCCUCGAAAUACCAAGAUUUUUUUAUUGUAUAAGUUAUCAAGCAGAGCACUUUAUAUUCGUGAAUAUUAUACAAUAUGAAAGUUAUUUACGUUAAAUAUCAUUUUACAAUUCGCUUCUCUGUCAUUCUUACUUACAUUUACAAGUAUAUUCAAUGAAUAUAUAUGUGCAAUAUGCGAAAUAAAAUAUAACUAUAAUUAUAAGCAACAAAAUAGAAACUACCGCGUAUUUACUUUUGCCUAACUUGAUAUUUCCAGGGUUAACAACUGCGUAAUCCGUUGAUAGACUCAUACUAACUGCAACGACUUCUUAAAAAGUCGAGUUUAUGAAUCGCAAUGUAUUAAUAUCUUUCUUGCAAAGUUAAAAGUUAAAUACGAGAAAGAGAGAGAUAGAUAGAUAGAUAGAGAGAGAGAGAGAGAGAGAGAAAACAGAACAAGGAAUGAUUAAAUGACAGACGACAAUCAGAUAUAAUUCUGAAUUAUUCUGAACGAAAUUCGAACCAAGAGUAUUUACUGCAAAGCGGGAAUCGCUAUAGACAAUACAUUUACAUUUGAUUGUAUAUUAAAAUCGAACAAUGCAAAUGCGUAUGAAUCUCUUUGAAUAAAUUACAGUUGUAUUCUGUAAUAUAUCUUCAGUGGAAAAAUGCAUUUAUGCAUUUCAGGCAAACUGCGGAUCGUUUCCCUGAUUACAAUUCGCAUGAAAAAUGUUGUUUGCCAUUGGCGUUGGAUUUGACCGAAAACUAAAGGCAUACGGUGUAAUUUAGCUUUCGUUUCUAUUAUCAAUGUGAGUAAAACAAAAUUUUAUAUUCUCUGUAUAAUAGUCUUUACUGAACAAACCUUUACUUGAUGUUUUAUGUUACUAAAAUUAAUUAAACAAUUUGUGAAAAAAAAAAACGUGGAUCAAUGAUACUUGUCUGAAAAUAGUUCAGAUCUAAAUGCGCAAGUAUUUCACACGUAAGCACAGGAUGUCCUACGCAACACUUAUUUCUAGAUUUUAUGUGUAUGUAUAUAUGCAUAUUAAAAUUAUUAUUUGAAGAAGGUUCUAAUUCUCUCUUCGUUACUUUCUCCCUUAUUAUCGAGUUUGGAGAUAUAAGUAUUGCGAGACAUCCUAUAUAUGUACAGAUCACACACACACACACACAUGUGUGUGUGUGUGUGUGUGUGUGUGUGUGUGUGGUAUGUGUGUGUGUAAA